AGGAAGGCUACAUUGGGGACCAAGAGGUGCUGUCAUCCCAGAGUCUGGCAGAUUCUUAUCAGCACCUUCUUCUCAACUCUGCUCAAAGGGGCCAGUGGGAUGAAGACUGCCUCCACCUUCCUCUUCAUCAUCUUCCUCAUCCUUCCUGGGCACCUGGUCCUGGGGCAGGCUCACUGUUCCCUAGAUGAGCUCUUAAACAAGAAGAUCGAGGAGCAGGCUAGCUCCUAUGUUCUGGCUGCCGUUCAAAAGCUUCAAGUGAGCUGCUUCAGUGUUACCUCUCGGGGUGCUCUAGCCACCUGCCCCUCAGGGUCCAUCGUCACAAGCUGUUCAUGUGGCUCAGCCUGUGGCUCCUGGGAUGUUCGUGAACCCACCACGUGUCACUGUCAAUGUGCUGGAAUGGACUGGACUAGUGCCCGCUGCUGCAAGUUUGGGGGCCAAUGAUGAGCCGAGACAGAGCCUUCCUUUGCCUUCUUCCCACCAAAUCCUUCCUGAGUGUGGCCUGCUCCCAGGAGUCAAAGCUAGAGGUUAAAUAAACAUGGCAUGUGGUCAGAG